AACUUGGACAUAGCAUAAGACAGUUAAUAUUCAACAGAUUAAAAAGUUGAUACGUAUUUCAGUUACGAAUUUAUGUUAUUUUACGGAACUAAGAUGUUAAACUCAUUACUCCGGAAUUAAUUUGCAAAAACUGGAUUAUAUCCGCAAUUGUGUUGGACAUAUCCGGAUGAUAACAACUUGGGAAACACUGAAAGUUCAGAUUUCAAUCAUUCAGUCUGGAAUCUCGCUAAUUAGUCAAUUACACUUCGGAUCAAGAAUCAGGACUAUCUAGCACUUCCGGCCCGCUUGUAAACCAUGAGUGUGGUCGGCACCCUGAUCUACCAGUACCUGCCCCUUGUGGUGGCGUUCUUCAUCCUCCAAAAGAUUGUCGCGGUGUUCAAGAGACGCUGGGAGCUGCAGUGGACCUUCAAAAAGUUUCCGGGACCCCGGCCCCACUUCUUGUGGGGAAACAUGAAGGAGCUGACGGGCGACUACGCGGGUCUAGUCCGGAUGGCGGACCUCGCCCAUCUGUAUAGUGGUGCCUAUCCCGCCUGGACUGGGCCCGCAGACGCGCAGCUGGUCGCUGUGAAAUCGGAAACAGCGCGCGUGGUGCUAGCUGGAGCAGAUCCAAAAGACGAAUUUUCAUACGCUCUUAUGCGGCCCUGGAUUGGUGACGGCCUACUUCUGAGCUCAGGCAAGAAAUGGGACCGUACGCGCCGUCUGCUCACUCCCGCCUUCCACGUGGACAUCCUGAAGAACUACGUCUCCACGUUUGGCACGUGCUCCCGCGUGCUGGUGGAAAAAUGGAGAAAGUCGACAAAAGCGGAGGAAAUCUUUCACCAUAUCUCCCUCCUAACACUGGAUAGUAUGAUGCAGUGUCUGUUUGGUUUCCAUAGCAAUUGCCAGAACGAAAAGACACGCCACCCGUAUAUCCAAGGAGUAUAUGAAGUCUCGGACCUGAUCGUGAAGCGGAUUUUUAACCCCCUCCAUCACUUCAACUUCAUCUACUUCUACCUCUCCAGUAACGGCCGGAAGUUCCAGUCUGCGUGUGACGCCAUUCACCAGCACUCGGAACGCAUCAUCCGAGAGCGCCGACAGCUCAUGAGCACGGAAAAACCGGGAGAUAGGAAUAUUGACUUUCUUGACAUACUACUGACUGCCAAGGAUUCCGACGGUGUCGGCUUGACGGACAAGGAGAUCCGAGACGAGGUAGACACGUUCAUGUUCGAGGGCCACGACUCGACAGCCAGCACCAUUUCCUGGUGCCUUUACAACCUUGCCAAGUAUCCGGAUGUGCAGAAAAAAUGUCGGGCGGAAAUACUCGAGCAUAUAGGGAAGGGUAAAGAGAUCACAUGGUCAGACCUCAACAAGAUUCGCUACACCACGAUGGCGAUCAACGAGAGUAUGCGCCUAUAUCCGGCGGUCCCGCUGCUCUCCCGCUGCCUCGCUAGAGACGCCACACUUCCGGAUGGCAGAACGGUGCCGAAAGGCGUACGGGUAGCCCAUAUCCCUGUUUGCGGUACAUCGGGAUCCGGAGUAUGGGAUAAUCCUCACUUUGCCUUGACACCGGUCAAGGUCGUUAUCUGCGAGGUGCUUCAGGAACUUUCACCUGACCUUGAGCCCGGCAAGGAGGCCCAACCAGAAAGCAUGCUCAUCCUCAGGAGCAAGAACGGAGUGUACCUGAAUAUCAAACCUCUAUAG